AUUUUUUUAACAACAAAGAACAGUGCAUAAAGGGCCAAAAAAUGGUAUAGAGAAGAGUGAGAAGAGAGCCAAGUAUUUCAAGCUUUCUCUUUCUUCAAGAACUUGAGUGAGAGAGAAAAGAACUCAGAUUCUUUCACGCGCUUUCGGAUCCUUCCUCCCGACCCCUCUAAAGAUCCACUCGGGUCGAUCUGUUUUUAUUUCCCUAUCUACUUCUCCAGUUUCUCAUUCAUAUCUUUGUUUUUUCAUGACCAAAACAUUACAAGAUCAGUGCACAAAAAAAAAAAACAUUACAAGAUCCAUAUCGAAGAACCGUAACCGUAAAUGCUGAAAACAAGAACAAGAUUUCAUCAACAAGAUGAAACAAUGUCUCAGUCUGUAGAUCCGCAAACCGAUCUGGUCGGACACAACAACACCAAAGCGAUCACUAACCCACUCACUCUGAGUCUCUUGAUCGGUCUGAACAACAACAAGUGCAUCUCUGAUUCUGAUAUUCUCAGGAGCCCUAAAUCUCCUCUAGAAUUCAGGGUGUUGUCUAAAAUGGCUGAGCCCUUCUUCCUCAGAUCUCCUAGAUCAUCACUCACUGCUCAUCUUAACUGUUGUUGUGUCCCUGCUAAAGUUGGGCUAAGCAUUGUGGAUUCUCUUGGUGAUGAUGGGGUUUUAUCACCAGAUGUCGUGUUUGGACCAGCCUUGAGGCUCAAGUUUUCUGAGAUUAAAGACAAACAUCCCAGUUUGUUUCCAGAAACCAAGUCCUUGGAUGUCGAAAAGAAAAGAUCUGGUGUUAUUUUCGAGAUCGGUGAUGAGACCGAGCCAAUCGGGUUAACAAACCGCUCCUUCUCUGAGGAUGAUUGUCCGAGAAAGGCCCGAGUUCUGUCUCAAUCCAAGGCCAUCGCAGAAGAGUACUUUCCAGGGAUUGGUUCAGACAGUACUGCAUCCUCAUCUUGUCUAUCUGAGGAUGAUAUGGAGAUGUCAGAGGACUACACUUGUAUCAUUGCGCAUGGUCCUAACCCGAAGACCACUCAUAUUUAUGGUGACCGAGUUUUAGAGUGUCAAAAGAAUGAGGUUAUAAACAAAGAGAAGCAAUUUGAAAGAGAGUUAGAAUCCAUGUUUCCCGUGGAUCACUUUCUCAGCGUGUGUAACUUCUGCAACAAGAAACUUGAAGUUGGCUACGACAUAUACAUGUACAGAGGUGAGAAAGCGUUUUGCAGUGAGGAGUGUCGUUCAGAGGAGAUGAUGAUGAUAGACGAGGAGGAGGACCUGGAAGAUUCGUGCUUAACUAUGCACGAAUCCUUAAAGAAGCUCUUCUGAACAAGAAGCGGCUAAUAAGACGAUGGCCAUGGGACGAGCUUUUAUAGACCCGACCAUUGUCUAUUAACUACCUAAAAGACUUAUUAUAUAUGUAUUGAAUAGUGUCAUGCCAAUGGUAGGUAACAUUUGGCACUAAUCUGGUUCAUCCGUCCACAAAGAGCUGCGUUUAUGCGCAUCUAUUAGCAGCUGCAGCAGCCACGGAUGAAUUGGGCGUCCUUCGCUUUAUUUUUAUUUUUUUGUAUAUUUAGUUUUUGGUUUUGGAUAUGGAAGUCUAAAAACAUACUACUACAAUCAUAACCGACGCAAUAAGCUUCGUAAAGAGAGUGUUGGUUGCAAGAAAGGGAUUGUGUAACCACUUCAUUUUCUUUUCUUGAGUCCUGUUUUGUAAGGUCUUUCUAUGGAUGUCUGGCCUCAUAAGUUUGUAUCGAGAUUUUAAUUAACUAAGUAACAUAUCUAUAAUGAUUAAUUA